AUGUCUUCAGGAAAAUUACGCUCAUAUGCAACUAAUGCAUGCACUAAUUGUCAAAAGAGGCAUGUUAAAUGUUCUGGAGUUGUUACCUGUACAAACUGCAAAAAUCGUAAUCUUGAUUGUGAAUUUAAGUUAAGUAAAAAACGCGGUCCUAAACCAAAACCAAAGAAUAAGAUGGUCAAAAAAACUUUAUUUGUUCCAAAGCAAGAAUAUGAUUCUGGUUUAUCCUUAACGUUAAGUGAUAAGUUAAGUGAUAAUCAACAAUUGUCUAAUGAAAUAGUAAAUCCUAUGCAAGACCACGCAUUUCAAAAUGCUACGUUUAUUGAUAAAACUUUUAAAAAUAGUUAUACAACUGAAUCAUUCUUUUAUAAUGGAUCUUUAAAUAAUCUUCCUUACACUCCUACAACAUCCACUUUUGAUUCUUUAUCCUUCAUUGCUUCAAAUUCUAACUUUUAUAAAGAGCAUUCUUACUAA